CCGUUGAUUUUUUCGUUCCUCCCGGUCAGCCUCAUAUUUUCUCUCACGCUUCAGCCUUUCGGAUUCCCUCUUCUGAAAAUUUGUAAUGAGCUCGUCAAAGUGAGGAAAUCGUCAAAAUCAGCUGAGCUUCAGAGUGAACCUAGUUCCUGUUUCAAGUGAACCUAGUUCUUAGCCGCACAACCCAUCCCCUUCCCGGCCCCUGCGUCCCGUCACAACCUAGUUCAAGUGAACCUAGUCAUAUAUCCAUCUUUCUUUUUUCUCGGAAUCGUUCGAUUUUCGUAGAAACAGAGGCCAAAAGCAAUAAUUUAAUUUGUUCGGGUUCUUCGCUGGACUAACAUUUCUGAUGCGCACGGGCCCCGAUUGGAGUUGAAUUCCAUGCUCUGAUCCUCGAGAGUCAGAACGCAAUCGGGCGGUGCUGUUGAAUCCACGCACAUGGCGUCAGCGCCGAAUGUGGGUCUCCUCGAUGCGUAUUUCCGUCGGGCCGAUUUGGACCGCAAUGGUCGUAUCAGUGGGGCCGAAGCCGUUGGCUUCUUCCAAGGCUCCGGUUUACACAAGCAGGUUCUUGCCCAGGCUUCACUUUUGUCAAGGAUCUUACCCUUGAUGUCCAAAACGUCAUGGCACCUCCAAAGAGAAAUUUAAAUCAGUUAAGAAUGAGAAGGCCUCCACAGCGGAGAGGCCAACAGCUGCUUCUUCACCUUAUGCUGAUACUAAGUCGGAAAAGCCUCAGAUUAUGGAUGAACAGGCUGUUGAAAAUGGAUCAGCAUAUAACAAAGGUGAAGAUGACUUGGCAAAAAGUGCUCCUAGUAGUCCAGCGAUGAGGAGUGCUAUUGAAAGUCCAAGAGAAUUUCCAGAUUCUAACUUAUUCAUGGCUUUAGGCGCAGAUGCCUCACCCCGUGAUAAAGAUUAUCAAAGUGAUCAUGGUGGCACUGGGUCUCUGUUUUCUGGUGAUGAGAGUUGUGAUGAACCACCUUGGGGAACUUAUGACACUAAUGAUGAUGUUGACUCAGUGUGGGGCUUUAAUGCAACCAGUACUUCCAAGGAAACCGAUCAAGAAAGAAAUGGAGAUAACUUUUUCUUUGGAUCUGAGGACUUUGGUCUGAACCCUAUCAGAACGGGAGCUCCAAACUUUGGUCUAGACCCUGCAUUUAGUUUCGAUGAUUCCGUUCCUAGCACGCCACUCUUCAGUUCAAACAAUUCCCCGCCUAAGUACGACGCACCAGGGCCCUCUUUCGACAACUUUUUAUAACAGCUAGACAGAGUUAACUACCAAAACAUUAUUAUACACACACAAAGUUAAAUAUGAUCAAUUGGCAUAAAGAACCAAGUUUAGCA